AUGGCACACGAACUACUGCGCACCAGUUUGAUGCUUUAUAUUGCUUUAACGAGUUUUGUGCUUGGCGCUGUGGAUGAAACCCGAAGUAAUAUUUUUAACGUGCUUGACUAUGGCGCCUUUGCAGAUGGCCAGCACGAUGAUUCCGAAGGCCCCUGCAAGUCGAGAUCUGUUCAAAUUAAGUUUUUUGGAACUAUCAUUGCUCCUGCGUAUAUAAGUGGAUGGACUGGUUGUGUUGGAAAUAGCUGGCUACUAUUUUCAAACGUGGACAACCUCAUGAUCAAUGGAUCGGGAAAGAUUGAUGGCCAGGGUGAAAAUUGGUGGAAUAAACCAAAGGAACACCACAAACACAAAGAAAUAAUCAGAUACCAGUCUCUCGAUUUUCAGGGUAAAGGAAACUGCUAUAGUCCUACAGCUUUACGGCUCAGUAACUGCUCUAAUCUUCAUCUUAGGGGACUUACUCAUGUUAAUAGCCCAAGAAGCCAUAUUUAUAUCAGUAACAGUGAAAAUGUAACUCUCACUCAUCUCAAUAUAACUGCACCUGAAUCAAGCCCUAACACUGAUGGAAUUGAUCUCUCAAGCUCAAAAAAUGUGAGCAUCCAUGAAAGUACCAUUGCAACUGGGGAUGACUGCAUUGCUAUCAAGGGAAAUUGUUCCAAGAUCAAUAUUACAGGGAUUAUGUGUGGCCCAGGGCAUGGUAUAAGCGUGGGAAGCCUUGGAGCACAAGGAGCGUUUGAAACAGUUGAAGAAGUGUUCGUGGGAAAUUGUACCCUCACAGAGUCCAUGUAUGGAGCAAGGAUCAAGACCUGGCAGGGAGGUUCAGGGUACGCCAGGAACAUCCAUUUCCAAAACAUCCAUCUUAGGGAAGCCAAAAAUCCGAUCAUCAUCGACCAAUUUUACUGCAAUGGUCGACACGAUUGCAAAAAUUCGACGGAGGCAGUGUCAGUGAGCAAUGUUACAUAUUUUGGUGUGAGGGGAACUAGUGCUAGGAAGGAUGCAAUCACAUUGAAGUGUGCAAGUACAAAUUGCACCAACAUUUCAAUGAACAAGAUUAACAUUUCAUCAUGGGACUAUGGAAGUGAGGUUUCUGCUUAUUGUCUGAAUGCAAAAGGAACAUCAAGCUGCUCCACACCUACUGUGCCUUGCCUGAACGGUGUUUGCGAGGGUGGAGGACCUACAUCUAGUUUUGGCAUUGGAUACGGGCAAAAUGGUACUUAUAAUGUGUUUGAUUUUGGUGCAUCUGGAGAUGGCGUCGCAGAUGAUUCACAAGCAUGGCAAAGAGCAUGUGGAACUCCAGGAUCUUCACAAACCCUAAGCAUCCCACAAGGGAAAACCUACUUACUCAACCCUCUCAGAUUUUUGGGUCCUUGCAAGUCCAACAAUGUUCAAAUUCAGGUUGACGGGAAUAUUGUGGGUCCUUCCGAUCCUAAUGUAUGGACAACGGCGUGCGAAUCUGGAUGCUGGUUAUGCUUCGAAGACGUGAAGGGUCUGAUCAUCAAGGGAAGCGGACAUGUAAAUGGGAAGGGUGCAAUUUGGUGGAACCAAGAGGAUAAGUUUCAUUGCAAAGCACCAUCGGUAAUAUACCUUUUUACUUCUCAGGACAGCCCAAGAAAUCAUAUCAUGAUCCAUCAAUGCACUGGUGUACAUAUAUCAAAUGUCCACCAUGCACCUGAAAAUAGCCCCAACACUGAUGGCAUUGACAUCAGUUGGUCAAGUCAAAUAGAUAUACGUGACUCUUCCGUUGGAACCGGUGAUGACUGCAUUGCAAUUAAGGGUGGCUCUUCUUUUGUAUACAUAACAAAUGUGGCAUGUGGACCAGGUCACGGUAUUAGUGUGGGAAGCUUAGGACAAGGUGGAGCUGAUGAUAGAGUUGAACAAGUGCAUGUUCAACAUUGUACCUUCACCGAUACUCAAAAUGGUGCAAGAAUCAAGACUUGGAAGGGAGGAUAUGGUGCAAUUUUAGAUGAAUUGAUACAAUUCCAAUACGUCAUGGCUAUAAACAUGAGUGACGUGACUUACACUGGCUUCCAAGGAACUUCAGCGAGUGAACAAGCUAUAACACUGGAUUGCGGUAGCGUGGGUUGCACCAACAUUGUAAUGGAUCUUGUCAACCUAACUUCGGCUGUGCCUUGA